AUGUCAACGAACGUUAUCCAAAAUGUUUUUGUAGCACAGAAUAGGCAGAUAGCAACCCUGUUCCAAAGGGACAGUUCUGCCCCUAAUACCUGCAAAUUGCUUCCCUUUCAUGGGAAGUUGGCAUGGACUGGCAUAUCUUCCAUGCACAUGCACACAUGGUCAAAAUUCCACAGUGGUUUUGCUAACCGAAGACCUAUUUUCUGCAAUGCUGCUACAACCACUGCUGUCCCUUAUCUGGACAAAGUGGACUUUUUGAAACUUCAAAAUGGCAGUGAUAUCCGAGGAGUGGCUGUUCCUGGCGUGGAGGGUGAACCUAUUAGUCUCACUGAACCAGUUACAGAAGCAAUAGCUGCUGCAUUUGCUGCAUGGUUAUGUGAUAAGAGAAAAGCUGAUGCAACCAGACCUUUAAGAGUUUCCAUUGGUCAUGAUUCCCGCAUAUCAGCCCAGAAAUUACAGGAUGCAGUUUCUCGAGGCAUUACUGGUGCAGGAUUGGAAGUAAUUCAAUAUGGAUUGGCAUCUACACCAGCAAUGUUUAAUAGCACAAUGACAGAAGAUGAAGCAUUUUUCUGUCCAGUUGAUGGAGCUAUCAUGAUAACAGCUAGUCAUCUUCCUUUCAACAGGAAUGGGUUCAAAUUUUUCACUAAUGCUGGGGGGCUUGGGAAGCCUGACAUUAAAGACAUUUUGGAUCGAGCAGCAGACAUAUAUAAAAGCUUUACAGAAGAAUGUUUGUCUCAAUCAAAGAAGAGAGCAUCUGAAUCCGUGAAGAAAGCUGAUUACAUGACUGUUUAUACCUCUGACCUCGUGAAGGCUGUCCGCAAAGCUGCUGGAAAUAUAGAGAAGCCAUUGGAGGGGUUCCACAUUGUUGUUGAUGCUGGAAAUGGUGCAGGAGGAUUCUUUGCUGCAAAAGUUCUGGAGCCUCUUGGGGCAAUAACUUCUGGGAGUCAGUUCCUAGAGCCAGAUGGAAUGUUUCCCAAUCAUAUUCCCAACCCGGAGGAUAAGGCGGCAAUGAAAGCUAUCACCAAAGCUGUCCUUGAUAACAAAGCUGAUUUGGGGAUCAUCUUCGACACAGACGUUGACAGAUCUGCUGCCGUGGACUCUACUGGACGCGAGUUGAACCGCAAUCGCUUAAUUGCAUUGAUGUCUGCUAUUGUCCUGGAGGAGCAUCCAGGAACAACUAUUGUUACCGACAGUGUAACUUCUGACGGGUUGACUGCAUUUAUUGAAAGGAAACUUGGUGGAAAGCACCAUCGGUUCAAAAGAGGCUACAAAAAUGUGAUUGAUGAAGCCAUUCGUCUGAACGCUGUUGGUGAGGAAUCACAUCUUGCUAUUGAAACCAGUGGACAUGGAGCUCUCAAGGAAAACCACUGGCUUGAUGAUGGUGCAUAUCUCAUGGUCAAACUUCUAAACAAACUUGCCUCGGCCAGAGCAUCAGGAAAUGGGGGUGGAAGCAAAGUUUUAACCGACCUGGUUGAAGGCCUAGAGGAACCUGGAUUUGCAGUAGAACUAAGACUGAAAAUCAAUCAGAAUCAUCCAGAUCUUAAAGGAAGACCAUUCCGGGAAUAUGGAGAGGCAGUUCUCGAGCACCUGGAGAACUAUGUAGCUUCUGACCCUAAGCUUCAGAAAGCUCCAGUUAAUUAUGAAGGGCUCCGGGUUUCUGGUUAUGGUGGAUGGUUCCUUCUCAGGCUCUCCCUUCAUGAUCCUGUCCUUCCUCUCAAUAUUGAGGGACCAACCGACGCUGAUGCUGUAAAACUGGGACUUGCUGUGGCUUCUGCUGUGAAGGAGUUCCCUGCUCUGGACACAUCUGUGUUGGACAAAUUCGUCCAAGCUUCGUAA